CCCCUUUCCCCUCUCUCUCUCUCACCAUGCAAAAGGCGCUACACUACCGGAAUCUGCUCCCCGCCUCCGCCGGCGGAUCCGCCAUCCCGCCUCCCGGAGACAACCAAUCCGGCGGUGAAUUCGCGUCCGGCGCCGUGAAUUUGAGAAAAUUAGUGGCGGACAACGCGGUGGUGGUGUUCGCGCGGAAGGGCUGCUGCAUGUGCCACGUGGUCAAGCUCCUUCUGAACGGCCACGGCGUCAAUCCGACCGUUGUCGACGUCGACGACCACAACGAAGGCGACGUGACCGAUCAAUUGUCGAGGAUCGUCGGCGCUGCGCCGCAGUUUCCCGCCGUGUUCGUCGGCGGAGAACUUUUCGGAGGGCUGGAGCAGGUGAUGGGAGCUCAUAUCUCCGGCGAAUUGGUGCCGCGGUUAAGAGAAGCUAGGGCUUUGUGGCUUUGAUCUUUCGAUUUAAUACUCUCUCUAUUUUCCCCUUUUUUUCUUUUUUCAAUUUAAUGAAAACGUUUACUUCGAGAUU